AUGGGGUGUGCUUCAAGUUCACAAUCAACAAGUUCAACCAGAAACCUCAAUAUUGUAAAAUCGCCAUUAGAGCAACAGAAAAAAAAUGAUACUAAAGUGAAAAUUGUGCUAUUAGGUGAUAGUGGAGUCGGAAAAUCAAGUAUUGCACUCUACUUGUGCCAUGGACGCUUUUCUGAUAAGCACCAAGUGACAAUAGGAGCCGCUUUUCUACAUCACACAAUUGAACUUAAGAAUGGAACAACCAUGAAACUACAUAUUUGGGAUACGGGAGGACAGGAGCGGUUUCGAUCCAUGGCCCCCUUGUACUAUCGUGAUGCGUAUGGGGCAAUAGUCGUGUAUGACUCGAACAAUGUUGAAUCCUUUAAUUCGCUCAAAUACUGGAUUAAUGAAAUAAAGUCGAAUGGAUCACGAAAUUGCUGCAUUAUGGUUGUCGCAAACAAAAAGGAUCUUCCGCAAAAACUGAAUGCAGAGAUGGUAAUGAAAUUCUGUGAGAAGGAAAAUGUGUCCUUUAUCGAAUGUUCCGCGAAGACUGGAGAAAAUAUUAAUACCCUUUUUGAAAAAAUUGCAAGCCGCAUUUAUUUGAGGUUCAAGGAAGUGUUAUAUUACAGCGACCCAUAA